AUGGACGCAGAGUUUGUGGUCAAGGAUACAUGUGGUUAUGAUUCAAAUGAUGAGGUAAACUCAUCUACUAGACGAAGUGUUGAAAUGGAUUUGGUAGCUUAUGAUUCAUCUCCUCGUUCAAACGGAUCUAAUCAUAGCAUCAACAAUGAACAAAUUGUAGAUACUUCAAAUAAUAAAACUAAUUGGUAUAAAUCUGUAGAUUCGUUUCUGGAAACUGAAAAAAGUAAAGAAAGAGGCAGAAGUCGUGGUCAUAGCCAAAAAAGUAAACAUGAUAAAAGUUCAAGUAGACACGGUAGUAGGCGACGUAGCAAACAUAAAAAGCACCAUAGGUCAAGGUCAAGAAGUAGGUCUAGAUCUAGAUCAAGAUCUAGAUCCAGGUCUAGAUCUCCCAAACGAAGGAGUAGAUAUUCCCCGGGUGAUCGUGACUCUCAAACAAGUCAGUAUAAUAGUAGUGAUGAAGAACGUCGAAAACGUCGUUCAAGAAGUCUAGAAGGUUCAGAUGGGCCAAGAGUUAGAAACAUAUAUUCAGAUUCAGCUACUACUAGUACUCGGCAUCAUUAUAAUAAUACUGUGGAUACAAGAAGAAGUCAAGAUGGAUCACAAGAAUAUUAUCGUGAAGAAGAUUUUGAUAGAUAUACAUUUAAAAAACAAAUUCCAAAUAAAACUAUUAUUGUUCGUGGGUUAGCUCCUCAUAUAUCUGAAAUUGAUAUAAGAAAAGAGAUAUUGAAAUGUGGUCUUACACCUGUUGAUAUACGUCUGAUUAGAAAAAAAGACACUGGGUCAUCUCGUGGGUUUGCAUUCGUGGAAUUUUUUACAAAAGCAGAAGCUGAAACACUUAUGGAAAGUAAACAGGGUGAAAUGAUGCUGAGAGAUAACUUCAGAGCAAUCAUGCAGUAUACUAUUUCUACAAUCGACCCUGAAAAAAUGUUAUCUGAUUGGUGGUGUAAAUGCAAUGCUCAUAACUUUAAGCGCAGGGAAAGCUGUUUUGUAUGUGGAGCCUCAAGAGAAGUGGGAGAAAUAUUUGAUCACACCAAAGAAGUCAGUUCUUAUCCUACGCAUACAGUUUUACUUCGAGGACUAGAAUUGUGUACAACUGAAGAAAAUGUUCUUAAAGCUAUACAGCCACUAUCAACAUUGCCUAUUCGGAGUGUUCGAAUCGGUAGAAAUCCAUUAACAAAUGUGUCGAAAGGUCUUUGCUACUUAGAAAUGAACAAUGUGGUUGAUGCUAUGUAUCUCCAUAAUGCAUUAAUAGUGGAAGAUCCAUUGCUUAUUGAUGGAAAAGAAGUUCUUGUAUCAUAUUGUAAACUUGGGCCUGUUGGACCAAUAGCUACUGCAUCAAUGGGUAAUGCUGCAGUAGAAGCAGCUAAAUGGAGCAAUCAAAAACCAGAAACUCCAAACUACACUAUUGCUGAUGUUCCUAGACUUGCGGAAUUUAGUGCAAAUAUUUAUGCAAAAACUCCUGUUGAACGAACUUCUUAUGUACAAUAUUACACCAAUUUUUACACAGAUAAAAUUCAAAAAGGAGAGACUAUUAAUAUGCCUUCCGUACCGUCAGUACAACCUAUAUCGGCUGUUUAUGCACCUGUUGGUACAGUUGUAAUAUCACAAGCCGUUCCAGCUUUUCCAUUACCUAUUGCUAAUAAAGUCGACCCUUUAAGUCAACCUCCAUCUGGGAAAGGAGAUGCCACAUACUCUCCACCGGAUUUAUCUACUUAUCAAUAUGACAAAGGAUCUGGUUAUUAUUAUGAUCCACACACAAAGCUCUAUUACGAUGCAAACUCGCAGUAUUAUUUUAACAGUUUUACAAAUAGUUUUCUUUAUUGGGAUGCUACAAAACAAACCUAUUUAUCAGCACCUUCAAAUGAAAAUUCAAAUUCUGAUGCAACUAACAUUAAUAAUGAACCUAAAAAAGAAGAGGCUCCUGUAGAAGAAAAAAAAGAUGACGACAAAGUAAAAGUAGCAAAACGUAUUGCCAAGGAUAUGGAAAAGUGGGCAAAAACAUUAAAUCAAAAAAAAAUUUCUGCUAAACAAAAUUUGGUGGCAUCCCAAGUUGCAAUACAAACUGCAAGAACUCAAGCUGCAGCAGAUAUUGGGUAUUCUGUGAUGGGUACUAAGGCAGAACCUAAAAGACCACAAUUUCCAGUUGCUUCCACAUCUGAUGACAAUUGUUACACUGAUGAAAUUAUGGAAGAAGCCAAUCGAAAUGAAGAUGAACAACAUACUGAUUGGGUUAAACUUGCUUGUCUGUUAUGCAAACGACAGUUUAGUAGCAAAGAAAUAUUAAUAAAACAUCAACAAAUGUCUGACUUACAUAAACAAAAUAUUAGAAAUUGGUACAAUGAGAGAGGGUUGGAUCCUGACGAUGAAUCAAAACGAGUUAUUCAAUAUAGGGAUAGAGCAAAAGAAAGAAGGAUGAAAUAUAAUGAACCUGAUAAACCUUUAAACAACUUAAAAGACAAGUACAUGAAGGCUAAAGAAGCUACUGUAGAUUAUGAACAACCAACUAAACUGGGAAUUGGAUCAGACAAUAAAGGUAACAAAUUAUUACAGAAAAUGGGUUGGCAAGAAGGAAUGGGAUUAGGUAAAAGUAAUCAAGGACGGACAACUAUUAUAGAAGCUGAAGGUAGACUAGCAAAUGCUGGACUAGGUACUAGGGCUGUCGGUGUUGUUCCAGGCCCUCGUGAAACGUACAAAGAUUGUGUGAAGAAGAUGAUGCGUUAUAGGUAUAAUGAAUCAGAGUAA